UAAUUUGUCAAAUGACAUGUAGCGAUUGCAUGUAUAAUCCAAGGGUCCACUUAAAAUUUAGGAAUCAAAAUAUUUAGAGAGCUUCCACCUUGUUAGUUGAAUGUUAAUAACUAAACAGAGACUAUGAAUUGAGAGUGUUUUCAAUAAUAUUUUCAGUGAUGACUGUUCUAGGUAUUAUAGUGUUGAAUUAGAUCUUCAAUGUGUAUAUGGUUAAUAUAACCAUUGAGCUAGUGAGAAAGUAAGAAGUCAGAGGGACUAUUGUGGCAGUACUAGAAAUGAACGUAGAACUACAGAAGUCCUUUGACAUCAUCUACAAAUUGAGAAUACGAUUUUUCCCAAGAGCUGAGAAAAUAGAAUUAUUCUUUACUUUGUGCAUAUUUGUAGUUUAGAAUAGUGAUAAUGACUCCCUUGGCUGGCAUUUCUUGACAGUUAAUGGCUUUGUGAAUUAAGGACAGAAAGAAAUAUCCUCAAGAGGGCAAUUAAUUUUACUUAAUGACCCAAGGCAGAGGUGGCUGUUUCCCACCAUACUUUCCUAUGAAAAUUGCCAGAGGAGUGUUUAUAGAAUGGAAAAAAGGAAAAAAUUCCUAAAUUAAAGUAAUGCCUCUUGUGAAUAGUUUUGUGGGUCAUCUACUCAAGCAGUGCAGUUGAUUAGUUUCAAUUUAGGAUAUGUAAGUAGGUAUUAAAACUGAAAACUGGUAGUUCCUUUUAGGAGGAACAGUUGGAUAAGAACAUUGUCCCUGCCGAUCUGUCCUCCGACUCAUUCUUUGCAUUGGCUCUAGCUGAAAGGAUUCCAUUGCAAUAUGUUCCUGCUCUUGCUUAAUGGCAUAGGAAGCAAUGCUCUGUUUUUAACGAGAGGGGAGUAUGUCCUGGGUUGCUUUGUACAGUGACAGGGUGUCAGAGAGUGCAUACUAGAAUAUUUUCUAUCAACGCAAAUUUAUUUGAAAACAAAGUGAGCCCAUGGCCUUCGUGUUUGUUGUUGACUCUAUCCUUUUUCCCCUAAGAAUAUUUUCCUUUAAAAGUGUUUUUUUUAUGUUGUGUAAAUAAUUUUUGCCAAAGUUUACCUUCAAAAUAAAACCACUGAAAGUAGCUAUAAAGCAUGCGGAAGCUUCCAAUUUGUGACCAUUGGAAACAUCCCCAAGAAAGAGGUUCACUGUACCACACAUUGCUAGCUUCAGGUUUCUGAAGAAUGAUUUCUGUGUGCUGAACCAAAUCUUGGUGCUGGGCAGUGCUGAAAAUGUGUACUUUUAGCAGAUAACUUUUAAUAAAUUAACGUUUUAGCAGCUGUUCAUAGUAUCUGCUGAUCAGCAUUAAACAUAACUCUUAUUAUGGUACUAUUACGUUCCCAAAUUUGUCUAUGUUGGUGUUACUGGUUUUUGACUGAAGUUGGCUUUACAUAGGAAAUAUAAUCUUUUAUUUCUGAUUGAGCAUGUUGUCCAAAUUUUGAAUGGAAAUCUUUUUACCUUCAAAGGCUGUUGAAAACAGACUCUAUAGUUCUAGCAGUUAUUAUAUUUGAUGAAUGAAAUUUUUGUCAUAUUUAGCUUUAAGUGUGUACUUCAUUGAGAUAAUUGUGUAUAUUAUGUUCCAUAAUAGGGAAGUUGCAUAUGGGUGAGAACCUUGCUUAAUAGAAAAUAUGCAUACCCAGUAAUUUUCAGUACUGAAAUGGAAAAAAGUGAUUGUGUGAAGCUUUUUUACAUCUGAAAAGAAUCAGUGAGAGUACAUGUACAACAGUGAGAGAAUGCUGUAAUGAAAAAGAUGUCUGCCUCUUGAGUGUUUUGACCAUUGAUAAGCUUACCUGUUUAAACUCUCAAAGCGCGUUUGUCUUUAACAGGCUACGUGAUUACCAUUCAGCAAGAGCUCUGGCUUUGAAAUGACAGGAUCUGUCUUUCUCAAAGAGUGAGGACUGAAAUGGAAAUUGCUUGAAGUUAUCUUAUUGGUUCCCUUUUUUUCAGUUUGAAUUAUUACCCUUACAUAAUUGUGGAGAAGUUGGAAGUGUGGAAAGAGAUAUGGAGGUGGAUGUUUAGUAAUUGUGUGGAUGUUUAUGGUAGGAGCCUUCCAAGUAGCAAAAAAAAAAACCAAAAAAAAACCCCAAACCAAAAACCCAAAAGAAAGAACUUCUAUAUGACUGCUAAAGAAAGGAUCCUCUUGAAUUUAUUGCCUGAAGUGGCAGUCACUGUUACGGAGGAUGACAGCCAAGAAACAAUGCAACUAACUUUCCAGCAGAUUAGGUAAGCGCAGCCCCAAAACCCAUUUAAGUAUGCAGAUUCAGUGUGGAGUACAACAGAGAUUUCAUUCCUCAGAGUGAUAAACAUAGUAUAGAUAAGGGUGCUGCCUGGAAACCGUGAGGAAGCAACAAGCACAGGUGAAACACUCAAGAGUUUCUUUCUACCUAGAAUCCAAAGCCUAUAGUCCUCUUAGUAGAUCAGGUGUCUUCUUUGCAACGGCUGAUCACCACUCUUUUGUCCUUUUUGAAACGAGGAUAUGGCUGAUGACUUAUGCAACAGCAAAAGGAUUAACACUGUCUCUCCCCAUUAAGCUCUUUGCUAGGUCUAGGCAGCAGCUUGCGUGAGGUCAUUCUCCUCAUCUUCUCUUAACAAUUUACUUAGAGAGCUGGGAUCGUGAGUAAGCAUACAUGAGAUUACUUUUCUUAAUCUCUUUUUCUGGGUUUGUUAGGAAUAGUCUGUGACAUCUGUGCGUCCUUUGUCCUUUGCUGCUGGAUGCUACUGGUUUGAGAAAUGCAGGGUAGCACAAUCUUUUUGAUUUAGUUAAGGGUUCAGAACACUAUUGUUCUUACUCCCCUUAUCUUGUUCCUGCUGUUUAGAAGGACAAUUUAAGAUAAAGCAGUAUUUUCUAAAAUUUUAAUUCUGUACCUUGAACAUUGGCAGUUGUUUUUCUUUCUCUUUAGAGCUUCUAUGAUACUUGUUAUCCUCUAAGCCUCUGCUGAACUUCAUAUUUUAGAGGUUUUGUGGGAUGAGUAUGUUCAAAGACCUGAAAACUAAACCUAUAUGAGCAAAGUCUUUUGUAUAUAUUUAAAAUUAGUUAGGUAACUGCAUGUACGCUCAAAAUAUCUGUAUUUGAAUUGGAUAGCCGUGUCCCCUUUGCAGUCAGCAGAAGGAGAUCAGUGCUUCAUGAGGGUGAUUCACCUUUUCCUAACGUGGAUAUCUAUAUUAAGACCAUGUGAAAUGUGUCCCUAAAUAGAGCUUCUUUUGAUUUAGAAGUCAAUGGCAUCCACAGCAUCCUGUGGCAAGUAUUUUCACAAUUAAUUGUGAAAUUGUAAUUCUGGGCUUCUUAGUUUGAGAGACGUGGGUAUACUAGAGAGAGUCUAGUGAAGGGCUACAAAGAUGAUGAAGAGACUGGAGCAUCACUUCUGUAAGGAAAGGCUGAGAGAGCCAAGACUGUUCAGCGUGGAGCAGAGAAGGCCCAAGGGGAUCUUAUCAAUGUAUAGAAAUAUCUGUAGGGAGGGCACAAAGAGGGCAGAGCCAGAUUCUUUUCAGUGGUGCCCAAUGACAGGACUAGAGGCAGUGGGCACAAACUGAAACACAAGGAGGUUCCCCUGAACAUCAGGAAAUAGGUUUUUCCAGUGUGAGAGCGCUCGAGCACUAACAUAGGUUUCCCAGAGAGGUUGUGGAGUCUCCGUCCUUGGAGAUAAUUGCAAAGCCAUCUAGACAUGGUCCUGGCUCUAGGUGGCCCUGGUUGAACAGGGGGUUGGACAAGAUGAUGUCCAGAAGUCUCUUCCAACCUCAACCAUUCUGGGAUUUUGUGAUUACUUUGGCUUUUCCUGUUCUUGUAUUAUGAGACAUAGCAAUCAUGCACUUUCCCUGCACCACUAAUAAUUCUGUAGACCUCUGUCAUGCCUUUUUUCAGUCACUUUUGAAUGGAGAUCAGGUGGAGGAGAACCGAACCAUAGUACUGAAGACAAGAGGUGCCAUGGGUGUGUAUUGUAGCAGUCCCUGCAGAAUGCUACAGCUUCCUUCCCUCUUCAGUGUUCUUGGCUUGUGGAAUCAUAAACCGUGGUGGAACUUUGGAUGGAAGUACUGACAUGAAUUUAAGAACUUUGACACUUUCAGAUAGUGAAUUUUGAUUUGUAAAAUGACCAGGAAUAAGAUACUGCCUGAAUAAGAUGAAAUGCCUUGAAGACUUUUGGUUUCACUUUCAUUUCUCCUGAAGCAAUGGUUUUCUCUGCAAUGUUGACGGUGGCCCACUCUGGGACCUCAAAUGCUACUUUUAUUGUUUAUGAGAAUGCCUAUAUGAAUUUUACCACUCCCCAGUUCUUGCUUCGUAGUGGCACCACACAGCCAUUGAGAUAUAGUACAGGUGCCGUGCUCACUACUGAGAGAAGUAAUUUUCUGGUAAACACUACAGCUAUCCUGCCAUCACAAGAAGUUUUCAGGAGCUUGAGUUUGCCACUCCAGAUCAUUCUUUCUGCUGCUAUGAUAUUUAUCCUGUUGGUUUCUUUCUUUGGAAACUUUGUUGUCUGCCUCAUGGUGUACCAGAAGGCAGCUAUGCGAUCUGCAAUUAACAUCCUCUUAGCAAGCCUGGCUUUCGCAGACAUGCUGCUGGCAGUGCUGAACAUGCCUUUUGCUCUGAUAACAAUCAUUACCACCCAGUGGAUUUUUGGGGAUAUAUUCUGCAGAGUCUCUGCCAUGUUCUUUUGGCUUUUUGUCAUAGAGGGGGUAGUCAUUCUUCUUAUUAUUAGUAUUGAUCGAUUUCUUAUCAUAGUUCAGAGGCAAGAUAAACUGAACCCCUACCGAACAAAGAUUCUCAUUGUGAUUUCCUGGGCAGCAUCCUUUGUUGUUGCUUUUCCAUUAUCAAUAGGAAACCCUGAUCUGCAGAUACCCUCAAGAGCACCUCAGUGUGUUUUUGGCUACUCUACAAGCCCAGGUUACCGAGCCUACGUGAUAGUUAUCUUGCUAAUUUCUUUUUUUAUUCCAUUCCUGGUAAUGCUAUAUUCUUUUAUGGGCAUACUCAACACUGUCCGCCACAAUGCAGUUCGUAUCCAUAGCCACCCUGAUAGCAUAUGCCUCAGCCAGGCCAGCAAGCUUGGUCUCAUGAGCUUACAGAGACCUUUUCAGAUGAAUAUUGAUAUGAGCUUUAAAACACGUGCCUUCACAACCAUCUUGAUUUUGUUCCUUGUCUUCAUAGUCUGUUGGGCGCCCUUCACCACUUACAGCCUUAUUGCCACAUUCAACAGCCACUUCUACUACAAGCACAACUUUUUUGAGAUAAGCACUUGGCUUCUUUGGCUCUGCUACCUCAAGUCUGCACUGAACCCACUGAUUUACUACUGGAGGAUUAAGAAGUUUCAUGAUGCAUGCUUGGACUUGAUGCCCAAAUACUUCAAGUUCUUGCCACAGCUACCUGGCCAUACAAGGCGGCGCAUUCGACCCAGUGCCAUCUAUGUGUGUGGGGAGCAUCGAUCGGUUGUGUGAAGCUGCAGUUGUUUAACAGUGAUUGUUAUUUUCUGGGAUUACUUGUUUUUAGGCUUUAGGUUGAAUUUUGUUUAGUUUAAUAUGGCUUCUUCAGUGUGGCCAUACCUUAUAACUUGAUUAAAUUUUCCAGUACUCUGUGCAAUUUUGGGAGAAAAGAUAGAGGGAGGGAAAGUGAUUGGUUAUUGUUGGGUUUAUUACCAGAAUACAAUAAACAAAAUAACAAAUGUUACCUCCAGGAUUCCAUGAAAUCCAUUCUUUUAAAUUAAAACUACAUUUGUAACAUUUUGUCAGGUUUAUGCUUACUAGGCCUGCAAUUGCAUCUAAUUGCGGGGACACUUUAUGCUGCUAAGAUACCAUAUAUUUAGUUGAUGUAAUUUUUAUGAAAAAUGUUGCUGCUGUCUGCCAAUAUAUUAGAGCCAAAAAGUCUCAUUAGAUGACUUCUAUUUAAUUUUAACAAUAUUUCAAAAGUUUUCAUGGUGACACUAGAAAAUAUUUGUUUGGUUUUUUUAUAUUUCCAUUAAUAUUUUUGUGCACUUUACAAAAUUUACUAUAGAAUUUGUUCAUUGGAAUAUUUUGUUCUGUAUUGAAGAGGUAUUAUUAUUAUUUUUUGUUUUAUCAGUGAAUUUCAAUGAAAGACUCAUGUAAGCUCUAGGAGGGCAAUUUAUGUUGGUAUAGCUACACAGUCAUGUAUUUUCUGUUUUUCUAACAAUUGAUCAAAAGUCACAGAAACUGCUUAGUUAUCAGGGGAGUUGGAAAGAGAAACUGGAGGAAUGAAAGGGAAAGAGAGCAAUGAAAAUACCAUGUCCUAAGGUGCAGGUUAACACAAGGUUUAGAAAAAUUGUUUAGGUGAAGAUUGUCACAGGGGAAAGGGGUGGCUGUCACUGUUGCUUUAGGUUGUUACAAGCAAUCCAAACCUAGUGGUAUUCUUGAGAACCUAUCUGAAAUCGUGAGUUUGGGCCUGCAAUUUACACUGUGUUGGUAUAAUGCUGUUUCUGCUUUGAGCUUGUACAAGGCUAGGUGUGCUCUGCACUGCUGAAACCGUGCUGUCAAGUGUUUGUUGGGCUAGGAUUAGGAAUAGUAAGGUAAACUAGAAAACAAAUAGGUCACGAGCCAUAGUUGAGGCUAGGACUUAGUCUGCCUAGUAAUGACUGGGAAUAAAAUCCUCAUCUUGCUUGUUUUCCAUUUUAAGUAUUAGACUGAAACCAUAAACUGAUAAUAGUGAGUAACAGUCAGCCAGUACUUUGCUAGGGAUGCAAGUUAAAUUCCCAUGUUCUCUCCAGUGCUACUUUAUGUUGAUUUUUUGGUUGCCCCUUUCCUCUAGUGCCUGUUGCCUCAAAGAUUUACAAUGCUGUUCCUCAUCUAUUAGGCAUCAGCUUCUCUCCCCGAAAUGGCAAACUACCUUUCUGAUUAAUGUGAGGACUAUCUUAAUACUUGUCUGAGAAGCAGGAAGACAGGUGUUUUUUUUUUUUUUUGAUGAUAGCAAUCUAGACUCAGCUGUUUUAUUUUAUUCUUUUUAUCAGCUAAUAAAUAUUUAAUGGUGAGGUAAGUAAAAGUAAGGCUUAGUUUUGGGCUUUGAAAUGAGACCCCCAUUUUACUCUGAGGCUGGGAAAGAAUGCUUGCAGAAUGUGUGCAUCCUUGCAGUGGGCUUUUUGGGACUGCCUGUGACCAAGUAUGAGAGGAUUCCUGUCCGGAAAACAUAUCAACUGGGGCUAGAGUUUGGGCUUAUCUGGCUUCCACCUCUCUUUCAGUACCCCAAAACGUGAGGAAGUAGUCAUCAUUCCUAUAACUGAUAAGCAAAUAAUAGCAAUUUUAUCUAUUUCUGUGUAAAUAUUGAAGUGAAGGAGGUGCCCUGUAUAUUGUGUGUGUCCAGGGACUGCUUACUUCCUGAGGCCGACUAAACAUUUACAUUCCAGACUUUAUUUAGGUCUUCAGUGAAGAACUGUUUUAACCGUUCUCUCUCUGUUCCUCUCAUCAGCAGCUAUCGAUAAAGUUGUUGGCAAUAUUGAAAUCUUAGGAGUAGAAACAGAACAGUUUUGAAUUUAAUAAUUUAAUUUUUUUUAAAAAGCUGCUAGCUGAGGGUUCAGGUUACAGGUAAAGGUACCCAGGCAGUGGCAAUGUUAUUGGUGUCCAUGCUUUUCAUUCCUUGUCGAAUUCAUUAAUGAUGGUAUGGAUUUUUCUGAUCAAAAUGACAGGCAGUAAAGGAGUUCUGCUGUAAAACAGAGUGUUUUAGUGUGUCUUUGCAGUAUGGCUUUUAUUUCUUAAUUACAUUUACACUCAUGGCAGGAGUUUGUGACCUGGUUAGUAUGGAUUUUCUGUUUCAGAGCUCUCAUGCCUGUUUAUCUCUGGAAGCAGCAAAGUUGUGCUUAGAGCCAAUGUAAUAGAGUAAGAGUAUACGCAUCUAAGAUGGCAGGAACAGGUAUUUUUGUUGUCUUGCAGAGCUAUAAUGUAAGAGGUUUCAAUAAAUGUUGUAAACCAUCAUUCAUGAAGAAAAGAAGAUGAAUAAUACAGUUAGUGAAAUUGCUUUCUUGAAGGAGGAGGGGAAAACAUUUUGUGGGUAUUUCAUAAUCUCUGGUAAGUACUGGUGGUGAAGUGGAAAUUAAAAACUUCAAAGAAUGUUAAUUUAUCUUAAUAAUUUAGUGUUUGUUUGCAAUGACUGUAACAGAGUUUCUGCUUAGAGCUGUCUCCUGAUACUUAAGGAAAAAAACCCAAAACUGGGUGGCCCAUAUUCAGAGGUGACUUCCAUGGCGAUCCAGUAUUCACACUUAGCAGGUUUUAAAGGUGAUCUGAGCAUACAGUGAAUCAGGAUGCUCAAAAAGAGAAACAAGGUGGCAUAGAAAUAUCCCCAGGGUAAUUAUGUGUUUACAGUACCAUUUGGCCUAUUGUGUCUAAUAUACUGUCUUAAGAGCAGUGCCUUGAUAAUUAUAGCUAAAGUCCUUGGACCAAGUUGAAGACCGUUAAAUUGCUCAGUUUUGCUGUCUGUGAUCCAGCUGAGAUUAGUAUAACCUUGCUAACAUAUUAAAAGACGUAUAUGUUGGCAGGAUUGGGACUACUGAGGCAUUUUAGUGGUCUUGUCCUUCACCAAGACGAAGGAUUUUGAAAACUGAAAUUGAUCCUUUUUCAUUCUACUGGGGAAUUAAAAUCUUAUUCCUCUCCAGAAAUGAUAAUUGUUACUAAACUGUAUUCCCUCAUGUCUCAUUUUCAGAAAUCCUUGGUAUGGAGGAUUGAAAUGAAUGUAUUUUCAAUUAUGUUGCAGUUCAGUUCAUUCUGUCAAAGCAUGCUGCUUACACAAAUCUAAUUUGUACAACUCUAUUACUAAAAUGAUUCUUUUGUGCUCAGUUGUGUAUUUUUGACAUUUCUUAUCAUUCAUGUAAAAAUAUUUAUGUACAUAGAGAAGAAAAUUCUUUUGCCUUGUACUGAUUUCUGUUACUGGGUUUUUUCCACUUGUAUGCUCAAUACUUCCAUAUUUUCUUUUCUUUGAGCAUAUGCAUAAACAACUGCCAGAUUUCAGUGGUCUUUCUCCAACCAUUUAAGAUUUUUCGUUCUCAAAUCAUUUAACAAUGCUCUCCUUGAAGAAGAUUUUGCUUUAUUUUUAUGUAAAAAAUAAAAAUACAGAGCACAAGUUCGUUGCUGUUGGAAUGGUGAGUCUUAAGUCCAAUUUUCCAGGAGCCACUACUUUGCCAUUAUGAACUAGUUUGAUCGUUUUUUGAGGAAUAAUAAUUUUCUGAUGUGAAGAAACCUGGAAUUACUGUUUUUAAACAAGCUGUUAAGUAGAAUGGCAUUGACUCCUCUGUACAUAUACACUUGUGAAAAUAUCUGAGAAACAAAAGAAAAAGAGAGAAAAUAAACAUGAACAUUCUCCAGAAAUGUGGUGAAAGUCCAUAGAAUCGCUCUUUGUGCAUUCGCAGGUUUCUUGGAUUUAAUGCCCACCUUCGUGGUUUCAAACACUUUAUGUAUUUCAUCUGUGUAUUAAGUAACAAGAAUUGUUUGCCUCAUUUACAUGGGUUGUUUUUUAAGCCAGAAAUGUUUAUUCUGUAAAGAAUGUACAGGGUGCUCUCUUCUGAGACAUUGGGAUAGAGAUGUGUUAAUAUUAUGCAGCAAAACAGAGAGAAAGCCUAAAAAGAAAGUAACCUUCCUAAAAAUACUAUCUGAGCUGGGUGUACUACCUUUGGUCUAGGACUGAGUAAUUAAGAUCACCUUCUUGUGGAAAAAAUAAAGCAGGCAGUGGUAUUGCAUGGCAUGAUUCAUUUCAACACAAGACAGUGACCUUUAUGAUUCAAGUGCUGCAUGCUGGUAUGUGAUGGAUUAUUCCGCAUACUAGUAGGAUGAAAAAUGUUCACCAUCUUUGCUGUUUUGGGGAAAAAUUUCCAUUUGCUAAUGGUUUAGCAGAAAUUCUGCUGGAAUAAUUUCUCUGAUUGAUAGUCUCAAGGCACAUCCCUAAAGAAUGCCUGAGAGGGAAAUGGAUAUUUCCUGUUGCUUGGGUUGGGCGUUGUUCAACUGCUCACACACCUGAUUUUGAUACUUCUUCCUCAUACUUCCUCAACAACCACCUCUUCCUUCUCCUCUGCUGGUGUCCUUCCACCUCCACAAGGUAGCACCUUCUGCACUGCCGUGUUGUGGCAGGAGGUGAUGGUCGUGCCUGCAGAAGCUGUGGAGCCAGCAAGCACCCUUCCCGUCUUGAGUACAGUUUGGACCAUCUGUGAUGGGCUGAGAGUCAGUUUUACCACAUUUGCUUAUAAGGUUAGAGCUGUUGCAGAAAUGCUGUUACAGGAGCACGUUAUUUGCCACUAGUGCAAGGAUUCUGGGUUUAAUCCCAGUAGUGUUACAGAUUUUAUUCCAUCCCUGUCUUUUGGCGACUGAGCUACAACAGUCAAUAGCCGAUUCAUGGCUGACUAAGGAUCCCUUAGAUGACUUGUGUCCCUGUGAGUGCCCUGGGUACAGGACCUGCCAGUGAGCAUCCACCAGAACAAAAGUUGCUACAGCUUACUCUCAAACGGAAAUGGCAUUCAGGAUAAUGGUUGCAACUCUGCUGAGGUAUGAUGGGGGAAAGAGGCAUGAGUUAGUGACUGCACUGUGUUUUGGAGGAAGAUGUGAGUUGUAGUGGAUGAUACUUCUUAAAUGCCCCUUAAAGAACUGAUGGUUUUUUUGAACUGGGAUUAUGCACCAAAUGUUGGGUUGUGUUGUUCUAUUUUAUUGCGUGACAGCGAAUACAGCUUGAUAUCAAAUCACUAACAGUACUGCCGAUAAGUGACAAUGUUUAUAAAUAUAACAGUAGAACUUGUUCAUGUUUCAUUUUUUAAUCCUGUCUAGGUAACCAGCUUUGCUGGUGUGUGUGGGUGCAGAAAAUAGCAAUGAUGAUACGUACUCCUUGUUUGAUUGGUGUUCUGCCUUAAAUAAAUCCCUGCAAUUCAGGCCUCUGUGGUUGAUUUGAAAUAAAAUUAAGCCUUUUCACCAACAAGAGAAGGAAUUCCACUAACACUGCCCUGUCUGUUGAAAGAGAAGAUCUAGUCAGAUAAAUGACAAUAAUUCUACCAAGAGUUAAUUAAUCUCGUCUCCACAGGGGAUGUAAUCACUGCUAUGAUAAAUUUAAGUGUCUCCAUUUCAUUUAGCGGGCCUAGGCUCUGCGUUAAAGAUUGGGGAGACUUUGGUGGCUGAGAGCAGUUCCUAAACAGCUGGGAUGGCAAAAGGAAGCCAGGUUUACAGGAAAAUCUUGGAUUUAAUUUCCUUCUUUUCCUCGCUGGUGGAGAUUUGAAACAGUGUGUAUCAGCCUGUAUACUGUUGUGUGUACUAGAGGAGAUGGGCAAUACCUCAUUCCACCUCCUGUGGACUCUUUUAUACGAGCUAACUUAAUACUCCUUGGGAGGGAGAGGAAGAGCGAGUGCACUCACAAGAAAGUGGGAGGCUGUGUUGCUUCAGCAACCAUUUGAUACAAAGUGGUGUGAAAUUUCACAGUUAGGAAACUUGUUGCUCCACCAUCACCACUGUCUGCAGUAACUACCCAAGCCCAGGUGUGUGUCUCUUCCAGUGAAUGUUUAAUUAUUUUGUUCAAAGUGGAAUGGCUUUUACAGGAGGCAGCAAGAGUGCUCUUAGCUCGGAAUAGGUAAUAAUCCACCGAUUAAAAGAAUUCAGGAAAGAUAAGAGCUGUGGUUUAAAAUCCUCAGGGAUCCUGAGAAGAACUGAAAUUAGAUUUCCUUCCUGAAUAUAUUCACCACUGAAUUAUUAGAUUACAGGAGUGGUCCAUCGAGGCUUUGGGUUUUGUUUUCAGCCUUAGCUGUUAGUUGACCUCUGAAAAUGCCCGUGGGUGGACUUUCUCUUGUGAAGUAGAUAAUGUAAAUUCUGGGUUGAGAUGGGCAUUGCACUGUUCACUGCUCUCAGUGGUGCACGCAUGCAGAAGCAGAUGUAUAUGAUGGGAUACAUCUGUGGUUUUUAGAUAUCUGUAGCACAGAAAACUCCACUGAUCACUUGAGGCUCCUCAGUCAGUGGAGAUCAGUGAAUGUUGUCAGGUAUGGAAGUUCACCUGCCAAAAGAGUGAGAGAAACACGCCAGAGGAGUUAGUUUCCCUUCACUGAUUAAGAAGGAAACCUGGAGUGUUGAGAGAUACAUGAUCUCAGUUGGUUAGAUUAAUCUCACCCUAAAUAAUUUAAGGAAUUUUAAUGUUGGAAGCUUAGGCACCUAUGAAUGUUUGAGUCAAAUGUGGAUAAACAGGGUUUUAAGGCUCUAACUUUUGACUUUCUAAAGUGUCUGAAUCUGCCUGUAAUUUUUUUGUUGUUGUUGUUGUGUGAUUUCUGGUGAUAACCACACUGGGAAAAUGAUCAUGCAUUUUAGAAAUUUAUUCACUUCCUCCAGUGCUGCUUUGUAGACAAGAGACCUGAGAAACCUGCACUUUUAACCACAGUGUGGAUUUUCUCCUGCAAAAGUAAAUUGGCAUCAGUUUGGUCCAAUUUUUGGAAGGAAGAAGACCGCUUCUGUGUGAGAGCUUCUAAACAGGUUUUUAGCAUUGCUUGACUAGAAUGCAUUACCUUUGUACCUUUAGUUACUUAGUCUUUGAUUUCUCCUGUUCAGAUGUAGACAAGUCUUUAUAAAGUCACUCCUAAAAUUACUCAGCCUUCUAGCAUGAUUUUUUAAGUAGUGGUAGUUAUUCCAUUUUUGUUAUUUCAAAUUUAGAAAUCAAAAAGGCAUCAUUUCACAGAUGGAGCUUCUCUCCUAUCUAUUUUGUUAGACUAGAUAGAGGAAGCAAUGUGAGAUUUAUAAGACUAAAUGGAAAGUAAGGAAGAAUCCUAAGGGCACACUUGAGAGGGGCUGACUUUACAGCUGGCUAAUUCAGGCAAGUCAGAAACCUCAAAGAUGGUCCUAAUUGCCUUGCUGAUUUCAGGUCUUGUUCAGUCAUUGUAUUAUGUGAAAUGUAUCAGCAAUCUUGUAAAUGGAGGUGGGAGCUAAGGCUUCAAGUUUCUUGGUCUCCAGGCACUAUAGUCUUGCUCAUUCUGGUGCCCUCCUCUUCUGGCCCCGCAGAGCUUUCACAGCUUGCACUGUGCUAUGGCUACCACGUAAACGGUGGAAGAGGCAAUCAGACCUCACUGCCUCUUCAGCAACACGCUCUAAUCAUCAAGCUGAGAGAUUAGUCCUUUUUUAAUAUAGCCAUGUUUCAAAGGAUAUGAGUUCUUUUUAGCUAGGUAGCUUUCAUCCUCCAAAUGAAAUGGAGAUGUGGGUUUUCAGGUGGGUGCAGUGGGGGAUGGAAGCCAGGACUUCAGCAGGAAGACGUCAGUCCUGCCAAGCAUUUCUAUGGAGCAGCUCUGUGCAGCUGCUUUCCUGUUGUGUGGGUGAACUGAGACAGGCUGUGAAGAUGGGUGACUUUCUCCACUCAGUACAGAGGAUAUAGGUCCCUAUCUCUGGGAUAGAGAAUCCCACUCAUUGGGAGCCUGCAGCUCUUUUGGUGCUUCUUUGGUCCUUAACCUGUCUUCCUUACCAUUCAACAAGAGUUCUUUUAACUAAAGCAGGCCUCUAAGGAAAAAAGAGAAAUUCAAAAGGCAUUUUAUAUUUAUAUAGGACAGUAAUUAAUUUGUGUGACUUACAUUACACUGGAGGCCAGACUAUAUGAUCACAGUAAUUCUUUCUGGUUUUAUUCUGCAUGAGAGGCUGAUUUUACUUACAUAAAGCUUCACUAUAUUAGUGCCAUUGUGAAGGUGAGCCUGGGCAUUGGUAGAAAGAAUCUUCAACAUAAUUUAUGGGGUAUGAAGAAAUGACCCUUUCAAGAACAUUUCUAAUCUUUGUAAUUCAUCUUAGGUCAACGUUGAUUGUACUUAAUUCUGGAAAGCUGGCUCUUCUAAUCAACUUUCUUAGGAAUUCAUUACCUGAUAACCUGUGACUAGUGAAAGAUGUUUUGUUCUUUUGAAGUUCAAGUGAAUUUCCAUGAAGGUUACUAUUACUAAGCAACCAAUUCUGUGGAGUGUCUCUUGAGGAACUGACACUACAGCACAUACAAAAAUAAAGCAAAACACAGUGAGAAAAUGAUGAAAUAUUGUCCCCAGACAGAGAGGCCAUGAAUAGUAGCAUGUACAUGGCCUGUUUUGGAGUCUCCUUCCUUGAAAGCUGAUGUUUGACCAAUGAAAAAACUCCCACAAGAGCUAAAGAUCGGCAUAAACCAUAUCACUGUCUACUAUGAAUGUAAGGAGAGAUUCAGCCUCUGCUAGAAUUUAGAGGUGCACUAUAGCAUGACUGAGGAUCCUAUAGGAAAGGUGGAGAGAAACUCUUUAUCAGGCAGUGUGGUGAUAGGAUAAGGAGUAAUGGUUUAAAGCUGAAAGAGGGGAGGUUUAGAUUAGAUAUUAGGAAGCAAUUUUUUACUGUGAGGUUGGUGAGGCACUGGAACAGGUUAUCCAGAGAAGCUGAAGGAGCCCCAACUCUGGAGGUGUUCAAACCCAGGUUAUAUUACAGAAUCAUAGAAUGGUUUGGGUUGGAAGGGACCUUAAAGAUCAUCUAGUUCCAAUUCCUCUGCCAUGGGCAGGGACACCUCCCAUUAAACCAGGCUGCUCAAGGCCCCAUCCAACCUGGCCUUGAACACUUCCAUCCACAAAUUCCCUGAAUCUUAAUAUUUGUUCAGAACUCUACUGUAUUAAAAAUACCAGUAUUAUACAACUUAAUUCGCUAAUCAUGGUGUGUGUAGGAUACACACAAUCUGGAAAUAAGUAAAAUGUUUUAAAUAUGUGAGUUAAAUUAUUAAUAAAUAUCUGUGGUCAUGAAUGUCAGACUCCCAAAGGUAAGGAUAUAGCAUCCAAAAUCAUUGUUGGCAUAGAAAUCUUCUGAACUCCCCAAAUAUUUUUUUUUUAUUUUAUUCUUAUAAUUCCAGUCAUGAUUUCUUUUUAACACAGUUUGAGGAGGGAGGAUGUCCCAAAUAAAUACAUCUUCUGACACUGCCAAAGAAAGAUGUAGUAUUAUACAAACUUCUAUAAAUUGAGAAAUUAAGCACAAAGCCCAUUAAUUAUUAUUAUUUUUUUUUUAAUAAAGGAUAAAUAAACAAUCUCUAGUCAGCUGCUUCUCUGUCCCCUGGAGGUACUUAGAGUCAGCAGGCGUCUAUUCUUCCUAAGCUACAUGAGGUCUAUACUUCAAGCAUGCCUAGGAUCAGCCAUGUCCUGACCUUACUGUGCAGUAGGUGCCUCAGUCACAUCAAAGCCCUGUCAAUGUCCAGGCAUUUCAUUAAAUCUUUUGCCUGCAGGGCCAAUAAGGUAAUCUCAUGCCCACCCUUUUAUUAAAGUCCUGUGUUCUUGAGGAAAACACGUGUUCAUUAAGCAGGGACCUGAAUCCAGACCUCUCUUCUGCUAGAGAAAGCCUCCAUAGUCAUUGCACUCUGUAGCAAUAACUGUUUUGGGACUAGCAAGUAUUUUGGUGCUAUGUAGUGAAUAUAUUAGCACUGCUCCAGAAAUACUCUGCAGCUUGUGGUUGGGAGAUUUUUCUGGGCAAUGCUCUAUCGUGUGAGAAUCAUGAUGCCACCGUGGUGCACUGUCUUAGUAUUCCAACAGAAUUUGAAAAUAGAAUUGGACUGACCUCAAACUGCAGAUAAGGAUUGUGUUCAAUUUAGGGUCUAUGCAUAGUUCAGACCUAAAGUGGCUGAGACCUUUUCCUGUGCACACUAUACAUUGAAUGGCAAUUUUGUAUGAUGGAUUUUUUUCCAGGUAACUGAUUCUGAGUGUUAAACCUUAUGCAAUUUAAAGGGAUCUAGCUUUUAGAAAGGCCAAAGACCCAUUUUUUUUCCGAAUCCAUUUCCCCAUGACUUCUCAGCCAGGGUCAAUGGAGUAAAAAUAGUGGAAAAAAAUUGCUUUGGAAUCUGAGCCCUUCAUAAUUCUCUAUCCAGAGCAGGGCAAGAACUUUGCAGCUCUCUUAAGAUCAGCAGUGUCUCUGUUGGAUUUGCUUACAUCACACGUAUCAAGUGUCUUUUAAAAAUUAAUGUACCUUUUAGAAAUCCCCCUAAAUUAUAUCCUCAUUUUAAGUUGCAAGCUCUAAAUAAUUUUAAGCAGGAAUUUCAAAUAUAUGUUACGGGAUGUCUGAUUAAUUGAUUACAGAAUGUAUUGCUUUCAGUCUUGCAAAAAUUAAGAUUUUUAGAGUGUUGACAUAAGUCAAUUACACAUCUGGAUCAUUGCUUUUAUUUCAGGGGUUUGAGUCAUACACCUUCAGGAAAUUACUUUUUUUAAAAAAAUAUGUUCUGACUACAUUUUUUGUCUUCAAAGAUACAUAUAUCUAAUAGUAGCACUAGGUUAAAAAUUUGGGUUAGAUUAUGACAGGGCAAUUAUUGUUUGUAACAGCUUCAGUACGUUUUGUUACAUCCUAGGCUGUAAGGAACCAAGACAUGUUGAACAAAGUAAUGAUGUUGCCAUUGUGGGAGAAUGUGUAUAAAUAUAUGUUGUCUGCAAACUGGGAAACCAGGAUUCCUUAUUUCUGCUACUAGUGGAGUAAUUAAUAUUAUCUUCAAGAAUAAUUCAACAUGGAAAAUUUCAGGUUAUGUUUCUGCAUUAGAUCUGAGCAGGCAGAGGUCCAAAUUUGGGUGCCACAAAGUGAAUAUGCCAGAAAAAUCUAGAGAAAACUAAGUCAUAAAGUUCAAAUCCCAUAUGUGAAACUCUUGUAUCGGUUUGAGAUGGAUUGAAAUUGUUGAAAGCUCGAGCUUGUCAAAGCCUACAUUUCCUUUCUGUGAGAAAUGCUGACAGUUUGAGAGUGUUUUAAUGUUGAUUCGAAAGGCAAGUUAGAGGUUUCAAAAUUCUCUUCACAAACAAAGAAACGAUUCCUUUAGAAAAGCGGAAGGCUUUUGUUUUAAUAUUUCUUCAACAAAAAAAGACCCUGGCUAACUAGCAUCUCAGGGAUCCUUUGGACCAGAGUCAGACUAGGGUGUGGAGAUGUCUCCAUGUGAGAAGGAGCAUCAGGAGGCUCAAACUUAAACUACUGACUCCCUAAAUUCUUUUAGGGUCUCUGCUGCAAAGCCCUAUACAAACUGUCAAAUCCCAGGUAUGCUGGGACUCCACAGAAUUAAAGCCCUUUAUCUGUUUAUUGGGGAACCUGGAAACCCAAUACCCUUAGCCGAGCAUCAGUCCCACCUAAAGCUGCAGACCCAGGACACCUUAGAUCGCCUAGCCCUGGGCAUAGGGAGGGACCUCUGAGACGGUGUAUGUGCUGCUAAAUGGGCUAUGGCAUAGUUGAAAGAACAUGGUUGUAUACAAGCCUUGCUGUUAAAUAUUUAACAUGCUUAAUUUAUCAUGGGCCAAUAAGCCUUCUCUCAGGUUAGUACAGGACAGGAUCCACGGCAUUUAACAAUUCAGGUAUAGAGAUUAUGUUUUAAAGGGAGACCUCAACUGGAUGAAUAGGUGCUGAGCCAUGCCAUUUAACGUGAGGGAUAAAGCCCUGCCUUGUUUCAUUUGCUUGUUUCAUUCCUGAUAUAAGCAGAGAUUUAGGAAUUCCUACUAAUUCAAAGCAAGCAGGGUGAGUUCUCACCUGCCAGUCCUUGAAACAAAGGGAAGCAUUCCAAUUUUUCAUCCACUUAUUUAUUUGCAGCUUAUGCAUUAACAUAAGAGGCCAUGAUAUGCAAAAAUUAUUUUGAAAAAAUAACAUGUACAUAACAUGAUAAUUUUCUCCUUUUAGCCUCAGCACUUAACAUAUAUAUUAUCUAAUCUGUUAUUGAUAUUUUGUAUUAGUAAUUUUUAUUUAGAUUUUCCUCCAUUACCCGUCAGUCUAAGCUGAUCCAUGAACAUUUUAUUUUAAGAAUACUAAUUACUGAUUUUUCUCUCUUCAACCCUGGCCACUAAAUAACAUUAAUGUCUACAAUAAUUGCACAGAAUAUGUCAAUAUAAAGUGCAAUCCCAAAUAUGUAAAAGAACCAAAAUUCAGAAGUUGCACUAGAUGCUUAUAGUGGUCAUGUCCAGUGUUGUUAUUGCAAAGAGCUAGUAUGAAAAAUACUGGUUUGUUUGCUCAAGUUAAUGUUUAAUAAUAAAGAUUUAUAAUUAGAAUAGACCUAAAUGUCAGAGGAAGUAAUUUAACAAUAACUGUAUUGUCUAGGUUGGAGAGUAUUAGAAUGAACUUUAGGUGAAAAGUCUUGUCAAGACAUAGGCACUCUUAGGGGAAAUCCACUUGAGUGACAGUCCCCUUCUGAAUUCCAGGUUUAUUUUAAAACUACCUGUGGUGGGUUGGCCUGGCUGGGUACCAACUGUCCACCAAAGCUUCUCUAGCAUUCCCCUCCUCAACUGGACAGGGGUGAGAAAGCAUAACAAAAGGCUUAUGGGUCAAGAUAAGGACAAGGAGAGAUCACUUAGUGUUGUGGGUCCCUUCCAUGGGAUGCAGUCCUCCUAGAAACAGACUGCUCCAGCAUGUGUCUCCCCAUCACCACUCCUGCCAGCAAACCUGCUCCAGUGUGGGCUCUUCUCUCUACAGGUCCUGCCAGUGCAGGGUCUCCAAGAGGUCACAGCUUCCUUUGGGCAUCUGCCUGCUCUGGCACAGGGUCCUCCAUGAGCUACAGAUGGAUGUCUGCUGCGCCAUUAACCUCCUCGGGCUGCAGCCUGCCUCACUGUGGUCUUCACCACAGGCUGCAGGAGAAUCUGUGCUCUGGCACCUGGAGGUAACCUUAAAUAUGUUACGACAGAAGCGCUACUGCUGUCGCUGGUUGGGUGGGCCUUGGCCAGUGGUGGGUCCAUCUUGGAGCUUGCUGGCACUGGCUUUAUCAGAUAGAGGGGAAGGUUCUAGCAGCUUCUUAUAGGAACCUCCCCCCAGCUCUUGCCACACAAAACAAAUAUUGCAGCCUGAAGGAGCUACAUCCAGUUCUACCUGCUGAAAUAUCUGUUUAACAAGGCAGUGAACUGAGCCUAGUAGGGUUUUUCUUUGUCUCCAGUUAUAGGAUGGGUUUUAAAGGAAACAGGCUGCAUGUUUCUUUACGUUCUCGGUGUUAGUGUUGUGGAUCAGCAUGAUUUUGUGUGGGUUUCUUAUGUCUUAUAGUGAAAUGCACACUGCUUUAACAAGUUUGUAUUUGAGAGGUAGUAAUGGGAUCCAGUAUGUUUGCCUGAACAUAACUACUCUUCAAGAUCACUUUGUGUCUCUUUUCUGUAAUAACAGUGU